UUCUAUGGAGUCAUCAUUAUUCGUUGUGAUUCCCCGGCCUUUACUCAAUUCUCAUUUCCUUCAAUAUUUUUCAUGGCAACUCUUUCUGCAGUUUCUCACUCUUCCUUAUCCUCAUUGACUCGAAGAAUUGGGAACAAAAGGAGGACGAACAACGCAUUGAACUACGUUAUCUUCCGAGUGAAUUCUUUGAACUCCAGAAAGAAUUCACUCACGCCUCUAAAAGCAUCACUCAAAGAUGAGCAGGAUGGCGAUUCCUCUUCUCCUUCUACUACUACUACGGCUGCUGUAGUUCCUGAGAAUGGAAGGGAUAAACAUGAUUCCGGAGUUCACGAGCAGUUGAGAAAAGAAGGCGAAGUGGAAGACGAGCAAAGUUCUACUGAGGAAAAGGAGAAGCAGCAAGAAAUGGAUUGGAAGACUGACGAGGAGUUUAAGAAGUUUAUGGGUAAUCUUUCUAUUGAAGCGGCGAUAAAGCUGGAGAAGAAGAGGGCUGAUAGGAAGCUGAAGGAACUUGACAGAGAUGGCAGCAGUAACCCAAUUUUGGGUCUUUUUAAUAGGUUGGUGCGCGAGAGUGUGACUAGGGAAAGGGAGAGAUUAGAAAAAGCAGAGGAAACCUUCAAGGCUCUUGAUCUUAACAAGUUAAAGAGCUGCUUUGGGUUUGAUACAUUUUUUGCAACUGAUGUUCGGAGGUUUGGAGAUGGGGGCAUAUUUAUUGGGAAUUUGAGGAGACCCAUUGAUGAGGUAAUUCCCAAGUUGGAAAAAAAGCUAUCUGAGGCAGCAGGUCGAGAUGUGGUAUUAUGGUUCAUUGAAGAGAAAGCAAAUGACAUUACAAAACAGGCCUGUGUGGUGCAACCCAAAUCAGAAAUGGACCUUCAGUUUGAGACAACUAAGUUGAGCACUCCUUUUGGUUAUCUUAGUGCAAUAGCAUUAGGUGUUACCACCUUUGGAACAAUUGCUCUGAUGAGCGGCUUCUUCCUUAAACCUGAUGCGACAUUUGAUGACUACUUAGCUAACGUUGUGCCUCUAUUUGGUGGAUUCGUAACUAUUCUGGGAGUAUCUGAGAUAGCUACCAGGGUAACAGCAGCUCGGUAUGGUGUUAAACUUAGCCCUUCUUUCUUGGUGCCAUCUAAUUGGACGGGGUGCUUAGGAGUGAUGAACAACUAUGAGUCCCUCUUGCCAAGCAAGAAAGCUCUUUUUGAUAUUCCCGUGGCCCGUACAGCUAGUGCAUAUCUGACUUCAUUAGUGCUCGCUGUUGCUGCUUUUGUUGCUGAUGGAAGCUUCAAUGGGGGCGAUAAUGCCAUGUAUAUAAGGCCUCAAUUUUUCUAUAACAACCCUCUUCUUUCUUUCGUCCAAUUUGUCAUUGGGCCUUACACGGAUGAUCUUGGAAAUGUGCUGCCCUAUGCUGUGGAAGGUGUUGGAGUUCCUGUUGACCCACUUGCUUUUGCAGGGCUGCUAGGGAUGGUGGUUACUUCUUUGAACUUGCUGCCUUGUGGAAGACUGGAAGGAGGUCGCAUAGCACAAGCCAUGUUUGGUAGAAGCACUGCCGCGGUGUUAUCCUUCGCCACUUCGUUAUUGCUCGGUAUCGGUGGCCUGAGUGGUAGUGUCCUGUGUUUGGCAUGGGGGUUAUUUGCAACCUUCCUAAGAGGUGGGGAAGAAAUACCAGCAAAGGAUGAGAUUUCUCCUUUGGGGGAAAGCAGGUUUGCCUGGGGUAUUGUCCUUGGCCUUAUUUGUCUACUCACACUUUUCCCCAACGGUGGAGGCACUUUCUCCAGCUCAUUCCUCAGUGGUCCCUUUUUCAGGGGCGAUAUGUAAAUGGCUUACUGUAAUUCUGUAAUUAAAUGUAUGUAAUUAUUGCUGGAAAAAAAAGUAUGUAAUUAUUAUGUAUUUAUGUCAUUCACUAGAGUGGUAGUUUUACUCCUUAGCUCUCACCUUUUUUCAACCAGCAAUAGAUUACAAGGUGGUUCCCAAGCA